AUGGAGCGCGGCCGUCCCGCCAGCAGCCCACGCAGCGCCGAGCCCGCCCCGUCGGCCGCCGCCCGCGACUCGAGCCCGGGACGGACCGGGGCCCGCCAGACAGGCUCCGGCGGGGUCGCCGCGCGCUCCGGGGGUGGCCGGCCCGCAGCCGCCAACGCCGCUCGGGAGCGCAGCCGCGUGCAGACCCUGCGGCACGCCUUCCUGGAGCUGCAGCGCACGCUGCCGUCGGUGCCGCCCGACACCAAGCUGUCCAAGCUGGACGUGCUGCUGCUGGCCACCACCUACAUCGCCCACCUCACCCGCAGCCUGCAGGACGACGCCGAGGCGCCGGGAGACCCCAGUCUGGGCGCCUUGCGAGGCGACGGCUACCUGCACCCGGUUAAGAAGUGGCCCAUGCGAUCAAGAUUGUACAUCGGCGCUACUGGUCAGUUCCUGAAGCACCCUGCCUCUGGAGAAAAGGCAGAUCAUAGCAACACCCCGACAGCCUCACAGCCGUAGGCUGUCUCCUGGGGGGUCUGCUAGUAGCGGUGGCUAUUGUUUUUAAAGACUGUGAACUAAUUCUGUAUUUAUUACAUUGGACAUGACAAACACCGUUUCUGAAGUUUACAUUGAAACCUGUAGUUGAAGGUUAAAGUGUAUCUGUCGAAAUAAAUGUGGAAUGGGAUAAUCAGCCCUAUAUAACAAUAUAUAUAGCUUAUUUAAUCAUCAUAUCACUGCUACAUAGUAAAGAGAAGCCGUUAGGAAAAAUGAAAGCCACACAAAAGCAUGUAGUUGUAUAUACCUAAAGAAUGUACACAUUGCCUUCCACAUUUUCUGUAGUGUGUCUAUUACUUAAAAGCUGAUGUGAGGGCUGGAGAGAUAGAUGGCUCAGAGGUUAAGAG